CCUUCGGGGCUAGAGCCCGAGAUCCCUUUCCCAGAGUGCUCUGCGCCGUGAAGAAGCGGCUCCCGGGGACUGGGGCAUUUUGUGUUGGCUGGAGCUGGAGUAACAAGAUGGCGGCGUCGGCGGAGUGACAGGGGUCCCCCCGGGCCGGAGCCGGCGGCAGUGGUGGCAGCGGUAUCGCCGUCCUAACUCACCGCGCCCCUUUUCCAGCCCGCGAAGUCGCCGUGAAAGCUAGGCAGCGGCGGCCUCCCAGAAACAAGUGGCCUAGCCUAGUAACCGCGAGAACCACUCACGAAUUGCGGCCUGGCUAAAAGAAACCUGACUGAGCAGCGGUGAUCGGGUUUCCCUUGGCCGAUUCUGGGCCCUCUACCCCGGGAAAGGCCUCCGUUUUCCAUUCCUGCCGCCCUCCUCCGGAGCCUUGCCCGGUGGACGAGCCCCCGAGGCCUCCGUCCUCCCCUCAGAGGUGUCGGGCUUGGCCCCAGCCUCCAUCUUCGUCUCUCAGGAUGGCGAGCAGCAGCGGCUCCAAGGCCGAAUUCAUUGUAGGAGGGAAAUAUAAACUGGUACGGAAGAUCGGGUCUGGCUCCUUCGGGGACAUUUAUCUGGCGAUUAACAUCACCAACGGCGAGGAAGUGGCAGUGAAGCUAGAAUCUCAGAAGGCCAGGCAUCCCCAGUUGCUGUACGAGAGCAAACUCUAUAAGAUUCUUCAAGGUGGGGUUGGCAUCCCCCACAUACGGUGGUAUGGUCAGGAAAAAGACUACAAUGUGCUAGUCAUGGAUCUUCUGGGACCCAGCCUUGAAGACCUCUUCAAUUUCUGUUCAAGAAGGUUCACAAUGAAAACUGUACUUAUGUUAGCUGACCAGAUGAUCAGUAGAAUUGAGUAUGUGCACACAAAGAAUUUUAUACACAGAGACAUUAAGCCAGAUAACUUCCUAAUGGGUAUUGGGCGGCACUGUAAUAAGGUUUUAGAAUCUCCAGUGGGGAAGAGGGAAAAGAAGCAUGAAACUGUUAGUACUUCUCAGGACCCAUCUUUCUCAGGAUUAAACCAGUUAUUCCUUAUUGAUUUUGGUUUGGCCAAAAAGUACAGAGACAACAGGACAAGACAACACAUACCAUACAGAGAAGAUAAGAACCUCACUGGCACUGCCCGAUAUGCUAGCAUCAAUGCACAUCUUGGUAUUGAGCAAAGUCGCCGAGAUGACAUGGAAUCAUUAGGAUAUGUUUUGAUGUAUUUUAAUAGAACCAGCCUGCCGUGGCAAGGACUGAAGGCUGCAACAAAGAAACAAAAAUAUGAAAAGAUUAGUGAAAAGAAGAUGUCUACUCCAGUUGAAGUUUUAUGUAAGGGGUUUCCUGCAGAAUUUGCUAUGUACUUAAACUAUUGUCGUGGGCUGCGCUUUGAGGAAGCCCCGGAUUACAUGUAUCUGAGGCAGCUAUUCCGCAUCCUUUUCAGGACCCUGAACCAUCAAUAUGACUACACAUUUGAUUGGACAAUGUUAAAGCAAAAAGCAGCACAGCAGGCAGCCUCUUCCAGUGGGCAGGGUCAGCAGGCCCAAACCCCCACAGGCAAGCAAACUGACAAAACCAAGAGUAACAUGAAAGGUUUCUAAGCAUGAAUUGAAGAACAGAAGAAGCAGAGCAGAUGAUUGGAGCAGCAUUUGUUUCUCCCCAAAUCUAGAAAUUUUAGUUCAUAUGUACACUAGCCAGUGGUUGUGGACAACCAUUUACUUGGUGUAAAGAACUUAAUUUCAGUAUAAACUGGCUCUGGGCAGCAUUGUUGAUGCUGUAUCAUGAGUUGUAGCCGCUGUAAUUGUGAAUAUUAACUGAGAUAGUGAAACAUGGUGUCCGGUUUUCUAUUGCAUUUUUUUCAAGUGGAAAAGUUAACUAAAUGGUUGACACUCAAAUUGGUGGAGAAAUUGUGCAUAUGCCAAUUUUUUGUUAAAACUUUUCAUUUUGAACUAUACUGCUUUGAGAUCUCAUUUCAGAACGGCAUGAACAGUCUUCAGCCACAGUUGUGAUGGUUGUAAAUGCUCACAAUUGUGCAUUCUUAGGGUUUUUCCACCCCUGGGGUUUGCAAGUUGUUCACUUAAAACAUUCUUUAAAUGGUUGGCUUCUUGUCUGCAAGCCAGCUGAUAUGGUAGCAACCAAAGAUUCCAGUGUUUGAGCAUAUGAAAGACUCUGCCUGCUUACUGUGCUAGAAAUAACAGCAUCUAAAGUGAAGACUUAAGAAAAACUUAGUGACUACUAGAUUAUCCUUAGGACUCUGCAUUAACUAUAAUGUUCUUGGUAUUAAAAAAAAAAAAAGCAUAUUUGUCACAGAAAUUUAGUUAACAUCUUACAACUGAACAUGUAUGUAUGUUGCUUA